AUGUUUUUCUUAUUUCUAGGAUGUGUUUUUUCAAGAACCUUGUUCUAUCUGGAUGAGAGCAAAGAGGUGGAGAGUGCCUUAAGACUGAAUGGGCAGACUGUGGUUCUGAUGCAGGCGAAGCUGUUUCACAGGGCGUCAUCCAGCCACCCAUGGAAAGAGGCAGAAGGAAUAAGCGUAGGGACUAAGCUUAGCAUAUAUAAAUCAAACGGGGACUACAAAAGUGCAGAUCCAGAGCCAAAGAACUUGAUCUUUAAGGAUGUAAAGCACGAGACAUCCACAACAUUCUUCUACACAACUCCAGAGACGGGAUACUACACCAUAGUGUUUUCCUUGGAUACAGAUGUCCGAGGAGAACUGGCACUCGAGCUUGCCAUCUACGAGGGACGUCCGUGGACACCCGAGAUUGUUUCGGGGACAGACUACCAGAUGGAGUGGCUCACAAGGAAGAUGAGUGACCUACUGUAUGUCUCGAAGAACAACUUCGACAUGCAAAGCUUGGACGAUUGGGAUGAGGUAGAGUAUACGGGCCUAUACAACAGCAUAUUCAAGCUUAUCAAUAGGAUAGUUAUUCUCAAGAUAGCUACAAUAUUUGCUACCUUGCUGUACAUCAAUAGGAAAACAAAGGAGUUCUAUAUAUCCAAAAAGAUAGUGAAGAAAUAA